AUGGCUGACACGGCACUACGCUCUAGUUUAUUCAUUGACACUGACUUACCUCGACAAGCACAAUCUAACGUGAAGUCAAAUGUGGCACCUGGUGGCUUUCUUGAAAGAGCCUCAAAAAUAUUGGCCGCUCGUCUUAAUACACCAACUGAAGAUCUUAAAAAGGAUGGCACGCCAACGGCUAAAGUCGCGAGUCCGACGUGGGGUAAUACUAUUUACAAGGCACCAUUUCAAGACAUGGAUAUGCUUGAAAAUGGUCACGCUCGCGAAUAUCUUGCUGAGCAAUGUUUAAGCCCGUCUCAAGCCAAGUCGUGGACUUAUUCGAUUGUGGAACGUAUGAACAAAAAUCAAUUUAAAAUGUUUUGGAACAAUGACUUGUUCUUGCUCAGCGCCAAGCAAAUUGGUGGUACAUUUUACAUUUCUCAGUACGAAAACUUUCCAGAGUCUGACGAAGCCGAAGAACCUACUGGUCAUUAUUGUGCUGUCCUACGAAAGUCAACCGAUCACAGUUUUAAACUUUAUAGUUGUGGAUGUGAAGGAUGCGAUCAAAGUUUUAGCACAUUUACGUGCAGCAACAUUCACGAAGACGCUACUUCUGCUGCUAUUGAAGGUGCAGAUCGACAGCUUCUAGCUGACAUUUCACACUAUACGAAAGCUGCAGGUGUCGUUGGUUCUGAAAUGCGAUGCUUUUCUGUUGUGAUUCCAGCCAUUAUGGAUGAUAAACGUUCUCGUGUUGUCUGGUGUCCACGAGUGAGUCGAGGUGUCACAACAUCGGGAGGGACACCACGAGGUAUUUCUCAAACUCGACUUAUGACUUCACCGUCUCCACGGAACAAGCAACAGUACAUUUUUACAUUUGAUGCUCCCACAAGCGAUCGCAUUAAAAUUGGAAGUAAAUUGCCGGUUUGGUGCCCUGAAGUCAAUUCGCUAAUGUUAAAAUUUCAUGGAGGUCGAAUUCGUGAAGCUUCGGCAAAGAAUUUCAUGCUCAUGCUUGAUGGUGAAAGUGCGGGUUUAGAUCCUGCUGGAAGUAAUUCUGUGGUCUUACAGUUUGGCAAGUAUUCGAAAUCCAAGUUUGCACUCGACUUCCGAUUCCCUUUGGCUCCAAUUCAGGCAUUUGCUAUCGGAUUGUCGUCCUGCGCAUGGAACGUCAAAGCUACUGCCUCAUAA